UGCGGUCAGAGGCAGACAAGCACUCUUUUUUUUUUUUGUCUCUUCUCUUUCAACCACGCCUCUCGCGGCCGUUCAUCUCUGCAGCGCUUUCCUCCCUUUUUACUCGGCAAAAAGCGGUGCAUAUCGAUUAGCCGGCCCCCUUCAUCCCACGAUAUCGUUGUUCAGCCUGUUCUAAACUCAGGGCACCAUGUCGUCAUCAACACCCCCAACCGUUACGACGCCGGACGAGCCCCAGAACGAGGGCUCCAAAUUGCGGACCUUCUUGGGCAUCUUGAAAAAAUUCAUCGGCGUCUCUGAUCUCGCCAGCGUCCGAUUCUCGCUCCCCUCCCAGCUGCUCGAGCCCACACCGAACCUCGAAUACUGGACCUACCUUGAUGCACCCAACGCUUUCGUCGCCAUCGGCACGUCCGAUGAGCCUCUCGAUCGAAUGCUUGAAGUGGUCCGCUUCUGGCUUACAAAAGAUCUCAAAUAUGCAAAGGGGAAGCCCUGCAAGCCAUAUAACUCGUGUCUCGGCGAGUUCUUCCGGUGUAACUGGGAGACAGAAGAUAAUGCACCCAGGAUAAAUACUGUCGACCUUCAGACCCCCGGCUCAAGCUCGAGUUCGAUCAAGGGAGCCGCUGCAGCUUUGAAGGCGGCUGCUAAGAGCGAGAAGAGCUCCUCUUCGGUGUCUCUGACAGUCCCUCAACACGGCACUCUUUCUGGCGAGAGUGCGCCGCUCGUCCGAAUCUCAUACCUCACCGAACAAACUUCACAUCACCCUCCUGUCAGCGCCUUCCAUGUCACCUGUCCCGAGAAGGGCAUCUCGGCCCGGGGCUUUGAUCAGAUUACCGCCAAAUUUACCGGCACAUCUGUCAAGGUGUUGCCUGGCGAGCACAACAUGGGCAUCUUCAUUACACUGGAGAAGAGGGAUAACGAGACCUACCAGCUGACACACCCCGCGGCCCAUCUUGGUGGCCUCUUCCGCGGAUCGUUGAGCGUAUCGGUCAGCGAGAUGGCCUACAUCACAUGCCCCGAUACCAAGAUCAAGGUCAUUCUUCACUACGUGGAAGAAGGCUGGUUGGGCCGAACAACAAACAAGAUCGAUGGUGUUGUUUUCAAGUACGACCCUGAGAACGAUACCAAGACUCGAGUUCAGGACGUUCCGGAUGAAGACGUCUUGGCUAGGUUGAGUGGUCCCUGGAGGGAGAAGGUUGUCUUCACUUUAGGCCCCAGGCCUGUGAAACUGGUGCCUCCCGAGGAGCAGCACGUUAUCAUUGACAUUAUCCCACUCAACGUUGCGCCCAAGAUCCUACCCCCAAGCGAGCAGAUGCUCCCCAACGAAUCGCUUCGCCUGUGGUCUGGCGUCACCGAAGCCAUUCUGGCCAAGCAGUACUCCAAGGCAACAGAGGUCAAGGUCGCCCUCGAGGAGGCCCAGCGAGAAAAGGCCCGAAAGCGCGAGGAGAACAAGGAGACAUGGCAACCUGUCUUCUUUGAACACGUCGUCGGCAACGGCGGUAAGCCCGAUCUCACUGAGAAGGGAAGGCAAGUUUUGGGUCUUGCUCAGAAGAGCGAAUGGAAUCUUGAGGGCGUUUUGUAAAUAGCAUGGGGGGGAAGAGAGAAGGGAAGGCGAAGAUUGGAUACAGCAUAUUGGCAUAGAACCUUUUUUUUUUUUUCUGGAUGGAUAUGAGAGAGAGAGAGAGAGAGAGAGAGAGAGAGAGAGAGAGAUGUUGAAUCUGGCUUGAUAUACAUAUACCACGCGGGUUGAUUUGGCCUAUACGCAUAGAUUGUGUUCGCAGCACACUACAUAGUUGUUUUUGGGAUAGAUAUUUCGUUCUUUUUUCUUUCUGUGCAAUCUUUUUGGCAAUGAUAAAAUUUUGAAAUUGAUUUUUUGCCAUGAUAUCAGUCCAUAAGAGGGUGGCAGCGUUGGCCGUUUAUAUAAUACAUGAGUGAGGACAUUUCCCAAAACAAACAAAAACAUCAGUUUUUUCUAUAGUCAC